AAACAUUUUGAGUAAAAGAAACGAAGAUAAAGUUUGCAAGUGUACGAUCGCCGAAUCGACUUUCAGUUCUUCAUUUAGCGGAUUUUCCUUCUUCUCACAAGACGAGUGUGGUAGGACUACCAUAGCAGGAAUGUUUAGCCGUGGGUUUGAGAUUUUCAAUUCUACCAACGAUAUUAGAUUUGAAAUCGUUGAUAGUUGCAAUCGUACACUCCAUGAUCUUACGGAUGGAUUGAAUGUUCAAUUUAAUAAUGAUGGAAGUACAGAUCCAUUUAUUCACACCUUUGAUCAAAUCAACUUGGAUUGUUUUGAGGAUGGUAUCCUUUUCCCACAAGUCGCUAAAAAUAGCAAACGUAGUUGUGGUGGAAAUCAACGUCGUGACGGUCCAAAUGCAAUGACAGUUAAAGAGGGCGAUGACAUUAAAGCAAAAGCGAGUGUUAAUGAUGUGCCAAGAUAG